AUGCCGCUCUUCGCCGGGAACCGGCGGGGGGGCGGCCUGGGGCACUCCUUCCUCCCCUCAUCGUCGAGGCCAGUUAGGCCCGGGCGGAAGCUCUCCGCAUCUUCGUCUUCGUCCUCGUCCUCAUCCCGGCGCAGGGGCCAAUUCCGGGACCUCCUCCGCGUCGCUAAUUCCACCCUCUUCGGCGUUGGCCUGUUGGUUUCUCUCUUCUUCAUCAUCGUGUUCCUCCGAUUCGGCAUCCCAAGCCAUUUCUCCUCGACGUCCACCUCGCCCAGCUCGAGAUCCAGGCACGCUGUGAUCCCCAGGGUACCGAGGAAGACUCCUAGCCGCAGGUUCAGCAGCUUAUCGGGCGGCAAUCUGCGGGAGGCCGGUGUCCCAGCUGCGGCAGUUGUAGACAUCACGACAAAGGAUCUGUACGACCGGAUCAAGUUCCGGGACGUGGAUGGUGGGGCGUGGAAACAAGGGUGGGAAGUGUCAUACGAUGUCCAUGAGUGGGACAGUGAGAAGCUGAAAGUGUUCGUGGUGCCUCACUCCCAUAACGAUCCCGGCUGGAAGCUGACGGUCGAAGAGUACUACGAGAGACAGUCUCGCAGAAUCCUGGAUACGAUCGUGGAGUCCCUAUCCAAGGUCUGUAUAUGCGUGUGCGUUAAGCUUAUCUAACUUCAAACUACCUUCUUUUUUUCUUGUUCAGGUCUUUUUUUCUUUUAUCAUGUCAAUCGAAUUUGAUUAACGUUUCUUCGAUUCGUUAACGAUAGACCCAACUGUAACUGCCAUGCGUCCACGGUUUUACAUUUUCACAGGAAUUGUUUGCUUUUCAUCUUAAAAAGCGGCUGGGUCACCGUACAUUAUUUUGUUCCUAUAAUAUUUUUUUAUUAUGGUUAUCUUACAGUGAUUCUUAUUUUUCCCUUUGACAAUUUAUUAUUCUUUGGCCUCUUCCUCCCAAAUCUGUUAUUAGACAUGAAAGAGACAUUGUAUAAUGCGUUUAUCAUAUUGUUACAAUUUUAUUUAUUUAAAUAGAAGGUCUCAGAUGACGAAUAGUUGGCUGACUACAGGGAACUUUUGAACCUUGUUUUUCUGCGGUAGGAUGAUCGCCGAAGGUUUAUUUGGGAAGAAAUGUCAUACCUAGAGAGAUGGUGGAGAGAAGCAUCAAGCACCAAGAAGGAAAGCUUCACCAAGUUAGUGAAGAAUGGACAAUUGGAAAUCGUUGGAGGAGGUUGGGUGAUGAAUGAUGAGGUAAGGUUUUUGGAAAACCUACGAUUUUGCAUACCAUCUUUUGUAAUCAACUAUGUCACACAAGGCCUAAGAUUAGUCUCUACAAGAGGGUGGAUGAAUUACUUCCUGAUGUCAUCUUAGCACAGAACUAAAAAUGAUUCCCGAUGAUACUUUAAUCAAUAACACCAUGAUAUGUAGUGGUUGGGCCCAACCCAUACCUAUUCUGCUCUCUAAGCAUUCGCUUGUACAUUUAUUGUGUAUCCUUAACCUGUUACAAGUUACCUUUCCAACGGUCUGACCAAAGUUUUACAAUACGACAAGCUGUGCUAAGUAGCAAACAUGCUCAAACCAACUUGAUCACUAAAUGGUACACAUGUAUGAAAAAACCAAGCACUAAGUAGGAAGAAUUUGUCAGAACCCUAUAAACUAUACUACUAAACAGGAGAAUCGUAUCUCCACGCAAAAAUGAAUAGAAAUUCGGGUUGCUUAAUAAUCGAAACCAAUUUAUGAAGUUCAGUAAUAUAUGUAAACUUAGUAGCUUAUAUUGUCCACCAGUGUUUAUUAAGCAUUUACAAAACCUUUAGCAAGGGAUGCUUUCUUGGCUUUCAUUGAUUCAUUAGUUCAAGUACAUGACAUAUUGAGUAACGCCAUGAUGUCUCCAGUGCAAAAGGACUGAGUGGCAACUUUUUUAUCUUUUUAUUAAUGGAUAACAACCACAAAAGUUUACUCCUGAGUACAAUAUUUUCAUUUGAAAAUCAUUUCGUGUGAAUCAUCUUCACGUUCUUUGUCUUUACAAGGAAUUCCCUGGUGAUAAAAUUUCAUUUUAUGUUUGUUUCUUUUGCAGGCAAAUUCACAUUAUUUUGCAAUAAUAGAGCAGGUAUGCUGUUGAUGUUCCUGUUCAUCACUAGUGUUUUUUGUUCAAAAUUGUUUUUAUACCGUCCAUUAUUCCUUAUCAAUUGUAUUCCUGGUGCUAUAAAGGUAUUAUUAAGAAAUUAAUUUUGCCUCGUCGUUUUUUUUUAUAAUUGCUGCCUUAUCCCUUUGGUUACUCAAGAGAAUUACCGUGAACAGAGUAUACUUUCCCUUGUUAUUUGGCUCCCUAAAUGGCAAGCAAAUGGAUAUCUUGUUAACUUCUUGUAUUAUCAAUUUUAAUCCUCUUAGAAAUGAUACGCAGCAUCAUCCCUAUGUCCUUUUAGAAAAACACUGCAUGGACGUUGUAUGGGGGUUUACUUGGAUCUCUCUUGCCAUUUGGCAGACGGGUAGAACUACAAGAGCAGUGAAGCUCCUUACCUUCUAUUCCGCCUAACCUUUUUCAAUCCGCUCCAAGGUUUCCCUUGUUACACGUGGCCUCUGAUGCCAUCUCUGAAGCCUGCCUCUCCAGCACCCCUGCAGUUCCAGCUGUAAAUCCAUUAACCUUCUUUGCAAAACUUUGUGUAAAACUGUACCAAAAUCUUCUUUUCUAGGAUGUCCUUGUAGAUUUCGUGCAUUAGAAAGUACAUUUCUGAAUGAAGUAUCAGUAUGGAAGAUAUGCCAGAUGCUAAACAGCAUAAUAUUAGUAUAUCUAAAUUCUUGUGCAAAGAACUAUCAUUAGGGACGAUGAUUCUAAUCAGAGAAUGUACGUAUACUAGAAGAAUAAAUAAUGUGGCACAGUCAUCCAGAAAUCAGUGUACAGAUUUGCAGCAUUUUAUCUCAUUAUGUUUGUAGCACCGUUUCUAAGGAAACUAUAUGCGCUUCUUUUUAUUAGUUGUUAUAGACACUAGUGGUUUGCCAUAGUUUUUCGUUUGGGAAUUUACUUGAGAUUCAUGUUAUUGUUUUUGGCACUAUCAAUGGUUUGCCUCAGCUUAACUAGAGCUCAUGGUGUUAGGGUCAGAAGAGAUGCUGAUAAAGGGAAUAGUUGAUUUGAUGUUCUGCCCUAAGUAGAUGUGUUGUAAGGGUGCAACUUUGAGAAGACUUUUUCGUUAUGUGGUCUCCUCAUUUCUCGAAGUUUCUUUUUCCCUCCCCUGCUGCUACUGCUGUUCUCUUCACACCUGCCAAAAAUUACCACUGUAAUCCCUGAACAACCGGAGAAAUAAAAAUAAACAAAAUUAGGUCGCAGGUUUCUCCCAGCUGUCAAAAAACUUUGCUGAUUCACUUCAUGUGAGCACUGUUACUGGUUGGGAACUCGACACUCAUUUUUUUAACAUGGAAGUCAGUAUGUUGCGGUUCUCUUCAUCGCUCAGUGCAUAAGUAUUGUUAUCAUGCUGCAUUUUGUUGGUGAGAUUUGUAUCUCACAAUGUUCUUAGUGUAUGAUAUGAUAUAAGUGUAUUGAUUAUCUUCGUAAAUGAACAUGUUAACUGGCUGGAUUAGGUCACGGAAGGAAACAUGUGGCUGUAUGACACCAUUGGAGUUGUUCCAAAAAAUUCUUGGUCAAUUGAUCCAUUUGGAUACUCGGCAACAAUGGCUUACCUCUUAAGGCGAAUGGGCUUCCAGAACAUGCUUAUCCAGAGAACUCACUAUGAGUUAAAGAAGGAACUAGCAUUGCACAAGAACCUGGAGUACAUUUGGAGGCAGGCAUGGGACGCGGAAGAAACAACUGACAUUUUUGUUCACAUGAUGCCAUUUUAUUCUUAUGAUAUUCCACACACAUGUGGACCGGAACCAGCAAUCUGCUGCCAGUUUGACUUUGCUCGGAUGUACAGAUAUGGUUACGAGAUGUGCCCAUGGAGGCAAGAUCCAGUGGAGACGACCCAGGAAAAUUUACAGGAGAGAGCGUUGAAACUCUUGGACCAGUACAAGAAGAAGUCAACCUUAUAUAGAACGAACACACUCCUUGUGCCCCUCGGGGAUGACUUUCGCUAUGUGUCUUUGGACGAAGCAGAAGCACAGUUUACAAACUAUCAGAAGUUAUUUGAUUAUAUCAACUCUAAUCCAAGUUUGAAUUCUGAGGUGAAAUUUGGCACAUUAGAUGAGUACUUCCAGACCCUACGUGAUGAAGCAGAGAGGAUAAACUAUUCUCGCCCUGCAGAAGUGGGCUCUGGGGAACUCCAAGGUUUCCCUUCCCUGUCUGGGGAUUUCUUCACAUAUGCUGAUAGGCAGCAUGACUACUGGAGCGGGUAUUAUGUUUCAAGGCCCUUCUUCAAAGCUGUUGAUCGCAUAUUGGAGCAAACGCUACGUGCAUCAGAGAUGAUGCUCGCCUUGGUCCUAGGCUACUGUGAUACAUCCCCCUGUGUGAGGCUCCCCAUUGCUUUCUCCCACAAAUUGACAGCCGCCAGAAGAAACCUUGCUCUUUUCCAGCAUCACGACGGUGUGACUGGCACCGCCAAGGAUCAUGUGGUGGAGGAUUAUGGGACUCGGAUGCACACUUCCUUGCAGGACCUACAGAUUUUCAUGUCCAAGGCGGUCGAGCUAUUGCUGGGCAUCCAACACGAGAAAUCAGAGCCUCUUUCGCCCUCCCAGUUUGAGCCAGAACAGGUGAGGUCGCAGUACGAUGUGCAGCCAGUCCAUCGGGUGCUCAAUAUGCCUCAAGGUCACACCCAAUCAGUGGUUUUCUUCAACCCGUUGGAGCAAGCAAGGGAUGAGGUGGUCAUGGUGAUCGUCGACAGCCCUGAUGUGUGUGUUCUGCAGUCUAACUGGUCGAGCGUUCAGAGCCAAGUUUCCCCUGAACUGAAGCACGGUGACCUGGGCAAGUUAGCCACCGGUAGGCAUCGGCUCUACUGGAGAGUCUAUGUUCCACCCCUGGGCUUGAACACCUACUACGUUGCUCUUGGCUACAUGGGCUGCGAGAAAGCCAAGCCUGCUGUGCUGAAACUGGCCUCUGGCAUCAGCCCACUGCCCUGCCCAGCUCCAUAUGCUUGUUCAGAACUCAAAGGAGAUAAGGUGGAGCUGAAGAACCGUCGUUACACCCUCACUUUUGACGUGAAGAGUGGCCUUAUGAACAGCGUGACUCGUACAGAUGGAACCCGGACUGUUGUUGGGGAGGAGAUCGGCAUGUACAGCAGCUCUGGCAGCGGUGCCUACUUGUUCAAACCCAUUGGGAGGGCCCGUCCAAUCGUGGAAGGUGGCGGGCAGGUGAUCAUCUCUGAGGGGUUUCUGGUCAACGAAUUGUUCUCUCAUCCUAAGACGCCCUGGGAGAAGACCCCCCUCUCUCACAGCACCCGCGUGUACAGUGCAGAAAACACCAUCCAGGAAUUCUACAUUGAGAAAGAAUACCACGUCGAGCUCAUUGGCCACGAUUUCAAUGAUAAGGAGCUGAUAUGCAGGUUCAAGACUAGCAUCGACAGCAGGGGAGUAUUCUACUCUGACUUGAAUGGAUUCCAGAUGAGCCGAAGAGAGACCUAUGAGAAGAUCCCAUUGCAGGGGAACUACUAUCCGAUGCCCUUGCUCGCCUUCUUGCAGGGCACUGAUGGCAGCCGCUUCUCGGUCCACUCCAGACAGGCUUUGGGCGCAGCAAGCCUUCAGGACGGGUGGCUGGAGAUCAUGCUCGACCGGCGCCUCGUCCAGGAUGACGGCCGCGGGCUCGGACAAGGCGUGAUGGACAAUCGUCCCAUGAAUGUGGUCUUCCACAUACUCACAGAGUCCAACAUAUCAGCUGCGGUUGCCCCUUCUGACCCGCUGCCCCUCCAGCCAUCCCUCCUCUCCCACCAGAUCGGGGCUCUCUUGAACUACCCAAUCCAUGCAUUCACCAGCAGGAAAACGCAGGAAGUGUCAUCUCUACACCCUCCCCCAAGGGCAUUCUCUCCACUGACUUCCUCUUUCCCGUGUGACCUGCACAUUGUGAGCUUCAAGGUGCCACGGCCGUUGAACUACUCUCAGGCGUUGCCAAGGGAGCCAAGGUUCACAAUGAUCUUGCAGCGGCGAGGCUGGGACUCUUCCUACUGCAGAAAGGGUGGCCUGCAGUGCAUUCCGCUGGGGGACGAUCCCCUCAAUCUUGACAUCUUCAAGGAUCUGGAGCUGCUGAAUGCCAGGGCAACCUCCCUGAACCUCAUGCACAACAGUGUGGAGAUGCUGGGUUACAUUGAGCAGGUCGAAGAUGCCGCCCAAGAGGGGCACGCGUUGAUGUCCCCCAUGGAAAUACAUGCCUACAAGCUUGAAAUCAGGCCGCAAAAAUAA